GCCAUGGGUGUAUUUAUUUCACUUUAAUAGGAGGGAAAAAUAAUUGAAUUUUAAACUUCCUACAUCAUUUAAAGUAUAUGAUAUGUUGAUAAUCUUCAUUAUCUGUGUGGAAUUAGCAAGGUUGGAUGGCCAAAUGAUUAGCAUGUGCACGUUGUAUUAUAAUAUCUGUCACUGAGUCAACUGGUGUGGUUUCGAUUCCCUGGUUGUACGUGACAAGGAGUAAAGUCGCCUGCCCAACCUUGUGGGUUUCCCCCCCGGGUCCUCAGGUUUCCUCCCAUUGCACAAAGACCCCUAUGCAGAAGCGAAUUAUUGAAAUAAAAUUGAACCAUGUGUUAGUUCCGAUUUGACCUAGUUUGUGUUGUGGACGUUAAACGCCAUAUCUCUCUCAGGAAUUUGGUGUCUGAUUUAAUUCUGAAACUUUGAUUGACAGAAAAAUUAUGAUAGUGUGUCUUAUUAAAUCCUAAAUAAAUGAAAUGAAAUGGAAUUUGAUUUCCAACUGUUCUGCUCCGACUGGGCUAAUGAAGACGGGCACUAUGGCCUACUCUUACAUCGAAUUCCAACUGCCAAGGGAUCUUUACUUGCAUGCCAAUGUAUAAACAGGACCUCAGUUUUCUCAGCCAAUGCAGGGAUCAAAACACAACCUCCAGCCUAGUGAGUCAUCAUCUUACCACUUGGCCACCUCGGCUCUCUAAAUCCUAAAGCUUUGAUUUAUACAAAGUUGCUGAUAAGAUAGAACUAACAGGAUUUUGGGACAUAAUUAAAAUAAUUUAUGGAUUAAGUGCUAGAAUUUCAGAAUCCUGUUGAUGAAGAAGAUAAUACAAUGGAUAAAAUCCAUGGAAACGUUGUACGGAAAAGCCCUCAUGUCAAACAUGAUAAUAAACAACAUGAACCAAUACCUGUAGGAUUAACAAGAGAUGAUCUUUUAGCUCAUAUAAAAAACUCAAGCAAUAAUCAUACAAUACCUGGUUCAUUCCCUCCAAAACUACACAGUCCAACUAGUGUCAAGAAUAUAAAUAAUAAUGAAGAGAAUAUAAAGGAUGAGGCCAGUAUGAAAGAUGGCGGUGUAGGUGUUGAGAAUAAAGAGCAAGAUGAACGAGCUCAUAUCGUAAAACAGGAAGAUGAAUGUGAUAAUAUAUCUACAGUACCUCAAAUAAUAGCAUCCAGACUUUCUAAACUUAGACAGACAAAUCUGGCUAAAAAACGUGAACAGAUGAAAACCAUGAAGUUACCUGAAUUACCAGAACAAGGUGAGGUUUCCAAUCAAAGCCGUUACUCUGUCAACUUACCUGAUGAUUUCGAUAAAAGUUUGACUCCUCCUCCACCUUCAGAUGAUGAUGUUAGUCCCAGUAUCCCAGAUUCCUUUCUCGAAAAACUUGGAUUAAAGGUGGGCAAGGAUAAUACAGACCCAACCAGUGCCGAUAAUUUACCAGAAAAAGAAGUCGAGAAUAAAUUCAAUGCCUUAUCUCUGGCGUUUCGUACUGAUCGACUGACAUUAGAUAAACGGUUAGAAAUACAAGAACGAGCUCGAGAUAUCAGUGAACAGAAUGUAGAUCAGGAAUUACAUGGUUUGAGAGAAGCUGUUGAGACGUUAAACCGGUUAUGUUCCGAUACACAGAUUCGAGAAGUUAUAACGAAAAUCCGAAAUCAUAUCGAUGUUUUAGAACAGUGUGCUGCACGAGUUUCUAGUAGAGCGGAAGUUCUCGGUGCUGUACAACAGGAACGUAGAAUGUGUCGUGCGAUGGAGGUGAUGAUUGUCCAUGUAGAUAAUCAGAAACGUCUUUACGAGAAAGAUCAUUCAGAGUUGGAGGAAGCCAGGAAAGUUUUACAAGAUCGUCCGUUUGGUUCUCUCUAUGGCGAUGCGCCCACUGAAACGAGAAGGUCAAUGUCCGUGUGUGUAGCCAACGGAGGACCGAGACAACGCAACAAUAAAAUAACCACACUACACGUUAUAGCCAGUAGUAAAUUACCAGACAAGCUUAGAAGGCGUAGUGAUGUGGCUUUACCCCGUGUUCUAGGGGGACGAGGUUGUCCCCCUUUUCUUCAUUCAUCCUCUUUGGAUCAUUCUAUCUUCGAGAAGAAGAUUGGUCAAUUUAAAGACAGUUCUUCACUAACUUCAUCAAACUCUUUCGAUGACGAAGAGGACCCUAAACAACGCUUUCAAUCAGCAGUAGCUAGUACUUCCAUGAAGAACGCUGUAACUACAGUUAUUAGAAGAGCUUCCUUAGAACGUCAGUCCAGUCUAUCACCAAGUCGUUCCUCAUCCCGAGAAAAUUUGACAGAGAUAAAAAAAGAGAAAGAAGAAUCCAGAUCACUUCGACCCAAUUUAAUCGCAGCUAAGAAAAGUUCACAAGAAGAAGAAGCCUAUCAAAAAGGAUUUGAAGAUGGUGUUAAGAUGAAAAUCAGUAAAGAUUUGGGCAAAUUACGGGAACAACAAAAUGGUGUGUCAUCAACGCUUGAAAAAAUCAUGGAUAAAGUUGAACAGGAGAAACAAGAUGAAGAAGAGGAUAUUAAAAACAGCGAUAAACUGAGACAAGCGUUGAUGACUAAAAUCAAGAUGUUUAUCCCAAACAAGAAAGAAUUUGGACAGAGGAUACGAUAUACCCUAGCUGGACUUAUUUUUGCUUUCGCUGUUCUGACGGCCAUUGUUACACUGAUGCCUAGCAAUGUGUCUGCUGUAGAAAUAGUCACUGAUGUACGACAUCAUGCUGUACCUCCGUUAUAAAUCUGUCCGGACAAGAUCACGCUUAUAAAUCUGUCCAGACAAGAUCACACCCAUAAAUCUGUCCGGACAAGAUCAUGCUCAUGAAUCUAUCUGGACUAGAUCAUGGUUAUAAAUCUGUCCGGAAAAGAUCACACUUAUGAAUCUGUCUGGACAAGAUCACACUUACAAAUCUGUCUGGGCCAGAUCACGCUCAUGAAUUUGUCCGGACAAGAUCGCAUAUAUGAAUCUGUCCGGACAAGAUCACGCUUAUGAAUAUGUCCGGACAAGAUCACGCUUAUAAGUCUGUCCGGACAAGAUCACCCUUGAAAAUAUCCAUUUCCAGCAACUCUACAUGGAAAAGAACCUUUUAUCAUAAUUUCAUCCAGGAAAUAACAUUACAUAUUUCUUCAAACGAAAAUAAAGACAAAACUAUUAUAAUAUAAAAAAGUUUGUUGGAAAUCAGACCCUGUUACGAUCUUAUCCAGAAAAAAAAUAAUUAAAUAUACUAUUUCCAAAAUAAAUCGAAGUAAAACUUUGAUAAUUGAAUGAAGAUAAAAAAGAUGAUACAAGUUUUUCUAUAGACAACAUCAAUGGUUUUUGAAGAGUCUGUACUCUUGCUGUAAACAGACAUUUUACAUGGUCACUCAUUAGUAGUUUAAUUAAUAUUUUUAUAGCAAUUGUUAACAAAUUCACUUAAAACUUAAUCUAUGCAAUAUUGAUUUGACAGGAGAACAGGGGCAUUAAUUGAACAAUAAAAAAUAAUAAUCACCAGUUACAGUGAGCCAUGGUGACUCAGUGAGUAAGGUGCUUGCUCAUAUUGACUAGUAUACAAAGUUACAGAGAGCCAUGGUGACUCAGUGACUGAGGUGCUUGCUCAUAUUGACUAGUAUACAAAGUUAUAGUGAUCCAUGGUGACUAAGGUGCUAGCUUAUAUUGACUAGUAUACAUAGUUACAGUGAGCCACGGUGGCUCAGUGAAUAAAGUGCUUGCUCAUAUUUAAGCAUAUAGUUGCUGAGGGUUAUAUACGAUGGCUCAAUGAUAGAGGUGCUUGCUAAUAUUAAUGCAUAUUUCCAGGUGGCUAUAUGUAUUAGGCGCUAGCUCACAUUUAGUUAACAAGCAAUAUAAAAGCUGAUACAGGCCAGAUUAUGAUAUAUAUACUGAUUUAGCAAUAAUAUAGUCAGCUGUGGAAAUAAUCAUUAUAAAAUCUGACAUAAUGAAAGGAGAAUCUGCUCUGCCUUUGUUGAAGAGAUAAACCAAAGGCUAUUUGCUGCUAUAAGAAUAAACUUUGAUUUUAAGUUAUAAGUAUAUAUUUAUAUAUGCUAUUGUAGAUUGAAUGAAAACGCUAAUUUGUACAAAAGCAUUUAUUAUUAUAAAAUAUUGUUGUAAAAUGUUGUUGAAUUUAAUUCUAAACUUAAAAUAUUUUAAAUUGUGGUUGAAAUUAUUGUACAUAUAUAUAUAUAUUAUACUAAUAACUUAUUGUAAAGUGUGCUGUGAUUAGUCAAUAACUUUUUGUUGAACCAAUCGAAUUAAUUGUUAUAUAAAUUUUAAUAUUGUUACCAUUGUUUUACAAUUUUAAACUUUGAUGAUAUUAGAUUGAAUUUAACAUGUUACUAGUAGAAUAUUAUGAAAUGGAAAGUAGACAAUUGUAAAUUGAAAGUAGAAUACUACUAUAUUCAUUUUAGUUUUGAAUAGUGCUGAUGUUGUUUUAAAUAUUUUACUGAGGUCAAAAUCAAUUGCCUUCCUGAUAUAUUUGACUGUGUACCAAAAACCUUUGUCACUAACAAAUUUUCCAAAACAUUUAUUAGAUACACCUCAAAUUCAACCCCUGACGCCCAAAACGGGAUGAAGGGGAAGGUAACUCGGUGUAUUCUAUAAGGAACUGACGAUAAUAAUAACAUAUCAUAUUAAUUUAGUAUAGAUCAUCUGUACAUAUUAUGUAGUAAAUAUACUUAUAGGAGCAUUAUGUCAAAAUAUAUAAUAAUAAUUAAAAAUUUCAUGUUUCAACAAUUAAUUUCUGGACAUUCAUUCAUCCGGUUAGAUUUAGACCUUGACGUAGAAAAAUCGUAGUUUAUUGUUAUUAAUGGGUUGACCAAUAGCAAUUUAAUAGUUGACUCUGUAACAAGUUUUAAAUUCUUUUUAAAAAAAACCUUCAUGAAAAUAUUUUGAUAUAAGUUACAUCAUUUCAUUCUAAUUUUAAAUGCUGAUUAAAAAAUUCUCAUAAAUUUGUUUCAGAUAUUCAAUUAAAUUUACUGGGGAGAACAUUCUCAAACAUUUUAACACUAUAUUUACUUUAUAAAUUAUCCUAUAUCAACAAGUGGUCUUAUCCCAUUUCGACCAGUCAUCUUAUCAGUGGUCUUAUCCCAUUUCGACCAUUUGUUUGAAAUAUAGAAAGUGUAUAUAUGUGAUAAAAGCUAUAAACAUUUCUCCAAAUUUUGCACUAGUUAAGGGGGCAUUAUGUAAGAUUUAGAUAAAGAGCUGAUCGUUCCCGCUAUAAUAGUUCAAAGAUAAAUAAUACAAAUUGAAUAUAUUGAAAUUUUCAUUCAAAUUACUUCAUUUUGAUCAAAGUUAUCAAUGGUUGUAGUUUUGACAAGAUGUGUGCAUUGAUCGUAACCACUGUACUGGUCAUUUGAGUCUUAGUCUCACUUCUCCAUUUUUAAAUUGAAUCAUUAAAUGGCCGAACCGUUUUAAUCUACCUAAAAUCGGAGCCAUCCUGUGGCAUCAAAAGUUGAUUACGGUCUUAUCGUCUUAAUAAAUGACUAAUUAAUAAUUUAUAUAACAUCCGAGGCCUUACGAAAGACCUACAAUAGGAAAAUUUACCUCUUACAUAAUGCCUGUUUAAUAUUUGAAAUAUUGAAAGUUUAUAUGUGAUGGAAUCUACAAACAUUUCUUUAUAUUUCGGACCAGUUAUUAAAUACAUAAACCAAUUAGUGCUAUGAUUGUUAAUCAAGAAGUAGACCAUAGUGCCCCUGUCUUGGCGAAAUUGCACACUGCAUGACACACCCAUCUUCAUUAGCCCAGUCAGUGCAGAAAAGUAGGAUACUAAACCACAAUUCAGUUGGACCAGUUGAUAUUAAAUAAGUUUAAGCCUGUCAGUGGCUUGUUAAUGAAGAUUGUUCUGGUUUAUUAUCAACCAGUGAAAGUUCUGUAUUUUAUUUGUUUUUAAUGAAAAGUUGAUUCAAUGCUUUACUGUUUAUAUUUUAAUUCAUUUUCAAUUUUACAUCAUUUUUGUUAUCGACAAUAAAUCAGUUUUUCUAUGUUCAAA